GAAGGAAGAUGGCGGCGGCCCCGCUGUACUGUGUCUGCCGGCAGCCGUACGACGUGAGCCGGUUUAUGAUCGAGUGCGACAUCUGUAAAGACUGGUUUCACGGCAGCUGUGUACAGGUGGAGGAGCAUCAUGCUGUGGAUAUCGAUGUUUACCACUGUCCUAACUGCGAUGUCAAACACGGACCCUCCUUGAUGAAAACGCGCAACAACUGGCACAGGCAUGACUACACGGAGCCAGACGAUGGAUCGAAGCCAGUUCAGGCGGGAACCUCGGUGUUUAUCAAGGAGCUCCAGACCAGGGCCUUCCCCAGUGGCGAGGAGAUUCUGAUACGAAUGAAGGGUGAGCAGGUGACCACCCGGUACUUGGAGAGACAUGGCUUCAACUACCCGAUAUCCAUCACUGAGAUGGAGGGCCUGGGUCUAAAGCUUCCCCCACUUACAUUCUCUGUCCAAGAUGUGGAACGUUAUGUUGGUGGCGAUAAAGUCAUUGACGUGAUUGAUGUAGCGCGGCAAGCAGACAGCAAGAUGAAACUCAGUGAGUUUGUCAAGUAUUACACCAAUCCCCAACGACCCAAGGUCCUCAACCUCAUCAGCCUGGAGUUCUCUGACACCAAGAUGUCAGAAUUGGUGGAGGUUCCUGACGUGGCCCAGAAGAUGUCCUGGGUAGAGAACUACUGGCCAGAUGACUCGUUCUUCCCUAAACCUUUUGUCCAGAAGUAUUGCCUUAUGGGGGUUAAAGACAGCUACACAGACUUCCACAUAGACUUUGGGGGCACCUCAGUCUGGUAUCAUGUUCUCUGGGGUGAAAAGAUCUUCUACUUAAUCAAGCCCACUUCCGCCAACCUUGCACUAUAUGAGGCAUGGAGCUCCUCGCCCAAUCAGAGUGAAGUGUUCUUUGGAGAGAAAGUGGAUAAAUGUUACAAGUGUGUUGUAACCCAAGGAACCACCCUGCUCAUCCCUACAGGCUGGAUCCAUGCUGUUCUCACCUCUCAGGAUUGCAUGGCGUUCGGAGGGAACUUCCUUCAUAACCUCAACAUUGGCAUGCAGCUCAGGUGUUAUGAAAUGGAACGUCGCCUAAAAACCCCAGACCUCUUUAAGUUUCCGUACUUUGAGGCAAUCUGUUGGUAUGUGGCCAAAAAUCUCCUAGAAAUGCUAAAAGAGCUACGUGAGGACACCUGUCCACCACCAACUUACAUAAUGGAUGGAGUCAAGGCUUUAAUUGGUGCACUGAAGACUUGGUUGAAGAGAGAGGUGACUCAGCCCAAUAGUGAGGUACCAGACCAUAUCAGGCCUAACCAUCUCAUUAAGGAGCUGACCAAGGAAAUACGCCACCUGGAGGAGGAACCAGUGAGUGGUAGCAAGCCAGUGAAAUCUCAGGGAUGUGGACUACCGCCUGGAAUAAUUGGCUGUCCAGCCACCCGCUCCGCCUUGGAGAAGCUGUGCCAAGCGCGGCGGGCGAGAAAGGCCGCCAGGCGGUUGAGGGAGCAGCAGCGGCAGGCGCCCGAUGUGCCCUCCAACCUGGACAUCUUGGAGCAGCACACCAGGGAGGUGCUGAAGAGGCUGGAGGUCGGACCGCUGGAGGAGCAGGAUCCAGCGUUUUGUGCCAUGGUCCACGGGAAGCUCAACAAAGUGUCAACUGCAUCGGCGGCAGCUGUAGCGGAGUCGCUAGACGUCAACCACCUUCGGUUCAUGAUGGUCAACGGAAGAAUCAUCAGAGAUUUGAGACAGCCGAGCAUUAGUCCCAUAAAGAUUGAGGGCGAGCGGUCGUCGGUCGGCCAGAGCCCUCCCAAGAGUUGUGCGGAUGUGAGUUCGGAGAGGACGCGGGAGAGCCGAGAGCAGCACAGCGCGGUUGAGAAACCCAUCCUCCUCAGGGGUCUGGAGAGGACAAAACGUGAUCUCAGGGAAGAAGUCUCAGGACACUCCAGUGUGUCCGACGUUGAGUCCGACAGUGACUCUCCCAUUGAGCAUAAAGCAUCAUCGUCAUCGUCUUCAUCAUCGUCGUCGUCAUCCUCGUCUUCUGAUGAGGAUUCGGAGAGUUCCCAGGAAGAGGAGGAGAGGGGCUUAUCUCAGCAGACGGGCUCAGGGCACACCUUAGAUCUGGACCAGUCCGGUCAGAAACUCAGGCACAAUUACAAACCACUCAAACGAGAACGUCCUACCUCACCCAGCACAGAAGAGGCCAUCCAGGGGAUGCUGUCCAUGGCCGGGCUCCUGUGCUCCACCAACCCAGAGAAAGCCGCCUCGCCCCACGAGCCCUGGUGGUCCAGCCACAACCAGUGCUCGCCGCAGGAGACGGCGCAGCACCAUCACCUAGGCAACGGCUCGGUGGACAGCCAGGGCAACAGCAGCAGCGAGGCCUGGGACAAUCAGGGGCUCCCCAGCCCAGAAGCAGGCUACCACUACGGCGACCCCUCACUGUCUCCACCGCUGCACCCCUCCAAGAGGCAUGCCCCCAACCCCCCGCCGGUCAGCAAUCAAGCCACAAAAGGCAAACGGCCCAAAAAAGGAAUGGCUACAGCCAAGCAGAGACUGGGCAAGAUCCUGAAACUAAACAGACACAAUCGUGUCUUUGUGUAACCCCCAAACAUCAUAGAAGACUGUAUGGUUUGGAGUGUUUACUUGAAGAGGAAGAAAAAAAAACAUUUGUGUAUUUGUAAUUGGACACUUCUGUGCUGUAGAGAUGGGGGGGACGGGGGUGAAAACACUGCCUGGAGAUGACCGUAACUGAUCAAAUCUUGACACGUAAAACACGCUCACUGUGCAUGCUUAGGAGACAGGGUAUUGGAUUUGAAAAAAAAAAAAAGAUGAAAAAAAGAAUAAAAAGCAAGUGCACGACUUCACCAUAAGCACACUAAGAACAAAAUGGAAAAGGAGCUGACGGGAAACGGAGAGGAUGAAUAUGUUGCUACAGGGAAAAGUGAAAGGAAGCUCCUGCGGGCAUUCAAAUGGACAACGGAGAUAAAAGGCCUCUGCUGAAUAAACGGAAACGCUUGCUUUGUCGGGAAAUUGACACGUCAACUGCUCUUGAUGCCAACGUCAUCCGCAUCACAUUUGCUAAUAUUUCCCCGCUGCUGAGCAAGCUCCUCCCACAGCCUUCACUCGCUUCAUCUGCAGACUGAACAAGAUGGAGGGGCGGCUGAUGCCGAGCAGACGAUGCUGAGCGUGCUUGAACCUGAAGGAGGGGGGUGCAAAGGAAAGUGGUGCUCGAAAAAGAGGCAAUGAACUGAUAUUUCAAAUGGUGCUUAUUGUUUUGUAUUUUUCCUCCACUCAUGCUCGCCCCUCUCAGCCCUCACCUCCCUCCCUGAUCUCCCUCCCUUUUUAUCUCAAUCACACCAGCAAUAAUGACUUUUCCGAGAGGAAAAAAGGUUAGAGGCAGCACUGAGGCGCUUUCUUGUGUUUUGCAGAAAGAAAAAAAAAAAGAAAAUCUAAAUGUGUGUACCAGACAUGCACUUUUUAGUGACGCGCUCAUGUCUGCACUCUGAUUAGAGCUGAAAGGAAGUUGCUCAAAGUGCUGCCUCAGUGAAUUUUUCAAUAGGAAUUGUGAGUUAACUCUGAAAUUACUUGCAUUAUAUUCUGUUUAAUUUAUUUCUCCUUUUAUCUGUGAUGUUUUUGUGUUUUUAUGGAUUCUGAAUGAUGUAUUUAUUAAUUCAAAGAGGUGAUUUUUAUUAUAUUUUGACCAUAAAACCUCAGCUAUUCUGAGGGUUUUUCCUUGAUAGGGGUUUCUCUCUCUCUUUUUUUUUUUUUUUUUUAAUCUCACAUUCUUUUUUGUAAAUGUGGGUGUUUUAGAUUUCAUGUGAUUAUCUGUUGAGUAGCAGUUUACCUACAAACCUUUUUAUAACCUGUCGUCACAAAUAUUUUCUCUCCCCAGUUGAGUAGAGCCUGUGUUGAUUCUUGUCUCUUCCAGUUUUCUCUUCUCCCUAUAGCCAGACGUUGGGCUAUGUGAGCAGAGACUAGGUUAGGUUCGACAAAAAAAAAAAAAAUUUUCAUGUCUACACCAGAGCAUGUUUGACUAGUGCCACUUAUCGUUUAACAAAAGUAUUCUGAGCCACUGUGGUUGAUCCAAAGUAGUUAUAUUCAGAAGUCAACGAUGAGGAACGUCACUGGGGCGAGUGAGUUUUCCUUCUGUUUUUGUUUCUUUAAAUACCAGUGCUGAUGUGAGAUUUGUUUUGCUCUGGGUGCGCAGUUCUUCACUCUCAGGGAAUGAUGCCAUGGACAUAACCUCAGAUUAACCACCAGCCACACCAUGGAUGCAGACCAGAUAAUCUCAGCUCUCACUCAAGACUUAAGGAAUCUCCUGCGUUGGAGAUGCUGAGGUUGGUUCUCAAGUUGUACAGACGCUCUUUUGCUUUAGCUUUUACCUUUUCAGUCAUCGUAUCUUUAGGCUAACAGGAUUUUGGUAUUGUCCCCCUACCUCCUAACAAAUGUUCAGCUCAGUGUUACUCGUGUUACACCCCCAUCAAGUUGACUUAGCUGCACAUGACACCCAGAAACUGCUUGCCAUGUAGCUUUACGACCACUGUUGAACACCGUGAGACUUGCGAAGCUUUGCUCAGGUUGCCCUGCGAGUAACUGAUGAAUCACCAGGCCCAGAUGAGAGAUUUAAAAUAAUCCUUACAGAGACGCUACUUAAAAAGUUGGCGUUAAUCACGUGACCAGUCUGAUUUCUUCUUUUACACUACACUUUAAACUUUUACACUCUUUGCAUGUCAAAUCAUAGGAAAAAGAAAAGAAAAAAAAACACAAAUUGGCCCGCAGGCAGGGUUUGUUAUAAGCUGUAAUAUUUACCGCGCUGGAUCUGUCCCCUUCCGAUUUUUGUAUGCGGCUUUCCUGGCAUUAUAGUAUUGUAUGUUGGUUCUUGCAAUGUUUUCUCCCAGUUUUUCAAUAGCUUAUUUGAAACAUACGAACACUGGCUAACUGUGACACUGUUGAUGCGUGGCAUUUUUUUGUUUCUGCAUUUCAAAAAAUUGCGUGUAAAUAAAAUUAAUGUAAUAAU